CUGAGACUCCAGGAUCGCAAAGGCUGGAAGCUAGAGGCUGACGCCAUGGAGUACACAGGGAGCCAAUACAUUGGGGAAUAUGUAGACGGGAGGAUGGAGGGCAAAGCCGAAUACAUCCUCCCUACCAAAACAAAAUACGUCGGGGAAAUGAAGGACGGCAUGUUUCAUGGCCAAGGAACCCUGUACUUCCCCAGCGGGAGCCGCCAUGAUGCCAUUUGGGAAAAGGGACUGGUUGUGAAGGGCACGUACACCUUCUCGGACGGGCUGCAGUAUAACGCCCAGCACUGGCAUUACUGUGACAGCUGCGAUCGCAGGUUUUACACGGAGAUCUGCCACGGCUUGAAGCCUGCAGGUAUCUCUCAACUCACCAAUAUGGACCCACCUAGAAAAAUCCCUCAGGGCUGUUAUGACUGUGGAGACGGCUUCUAUAACCCGGCCACGAGGAUAGUCAAGGACUAUAGGAACUGCUUUCUGAGAAAUGCAGAUGAUGAUGAGCACGAGUGGAUCAUCAGGACGUGUCGCAAGGGCUGGGACGAGAUCGUGGGUCACCGACCCAAACUAGGCUGCUGGAUCCCGCAGCCCCUCCCACCUCCACCCCCCAUGCUUUGUUCCUGGUUCACCAAGAGCUGCCAGGAGAAGGCGGGCCUGUGA